CGCUCUGUCUCCCGACGCUCGAUUUCCCCCCCUCGAGGGUUUCCUCCGCCGCCAGGUUGCAGCCCCUGCGUCGCCCGUACCUCUCCUACUCCCUCCGACGACCGGCGCCAUCCCCGCCACCCCGCAGGAGCCGGCGAGCGCGGCCCCACGCUCCCAUCUCGCCGGCACAAGCAUUCAUCCGUCCCGCCUCCUCCCCCUCCCGACGGCCCCGACGCGCCCAUCCCGCCGGCCACCCCCUUCCUCCGCCGUCCCCAACGAGCCGAUCCCGCCGGUCGCAGCUCUUCUUGCACCGCUUCCUGAUGGCGUCAUGCGAAACCUUGAGGGCAAGACCUCAGAGAUAUUUCCCACAGAUUUGUCUGACAUAUGACCAUAUGGAGCAUAUGGUGAAGUUUCAUGGCCGGACUGCUGGUCUCAAGAGGUCUGAAGAAGUGGAGGACUAUUUUGAUAUUCAGUUUCUAACUGCUGAAGACGCCAACCGUGCCUUUAACCAUCUCAAGGGCAAGGUACCAAACAUGGAGUUCAGUUGGGCGCCGAGGAACAUUAUCAAAGACAAGCCACCAACUGGAGUGGUGGAUACUUCAUUCGUCCCACCAAAAUGUGAUCUCGAUUGCUUUAGUGAGCUGCCUUCCCUGCCCAUUCCUGCCAAUCAGCCAUUCCCCACAUUCUGGAAGUUGCCGCCUCCACAGCAUAAACGGAAGAGAGGUCGACAGUCUCCAGAGCCUCCACGUUCCGCAGAGCGGUAUCCCCCAAGUAGUGUUCAGAUGGAUGAAGUCGACCCACGCCCUCCAUUCACAGCGCGCUACUGGGCGCAACUUCGUCCGAUAUACAGCCAGAAUGCAUCCCUCCUUGUCUUGAAAGAUUUGCAGCCUAAUAAGUCGGAGAAAACAAAUAGGCCUAGCUUGGGUAUUCUUCAAAAAGAAAUAUUGGGCUACCUAUUUUCUCAAAGAAAAAACUGCUAGGCUGGUCAUGUUGUUAGACGGGCCACAGAGACCGCACAACCCAGUUUAUAGCCUGCUCCUCCGAAUUACUACUAAAAAAAGUUGUGCAAUUCUGUCGUUAAUUGACUAUACGUUAAAAAUGAUGUGGGUCCCAAAUAUCAGUAGGGUGGAUUAGAGUAAAAAAGAGCGGUUCAUCUGAGUAAUAAAAUAGGCGCUUGCUUGUGUUCGGGAGUGGACCUGGUGGGUCCGUACUGUCAUACUCACAACUACAGUCCUCUCCCGAUUCACUAUGUUGACAGGGACCGUUUCAAAAAAA